GGCGGAAGUCUCGCUCUGCCAUGUUGAGCGCUUUGUUUCUGUGAGUGAGACGCGAUGAUGGAGCAGAGCUGGAGCUCUUUCUUAUUCCAGCAGGCUAAUGAAGCCCUUCACCACCAGCACCAGGUGGCCCCAAACAGCCUGCUGCCACUGCUGAACUCUGAGCCACAGGACCAGAAGCCUGUGAUGCCCAUUCCGCUGGACCACAAGCCCCCUGUCAGCGCAGCCGAGCUCCUCAAGGACAAUGUAGCCAGCGGGACAGGGGGAGGAGGGGGUGGGAACGCUGGAGGGGGCGGUCCGAUGGUCGUGGUCAAGAAAGAGCACAAGAGCAAAACGCCAUUCAUCUGCGGCUACUGCAACAAGGCCUUUCGUGACAGCUACCACCUUCGCCGUCAUGAGUCCUGCCACACCGGCAUCAAAAUGGUGUCCAGACCCAAGAAGACGGCGCAGGCGGCGCCCACCAUGGUCUCGCUCAUCUCCACCAUGGCCCGCGAGACCACGGGUGACCCUUCCUACAUCUCAACCGUCGCUGGCAUCCUCUCCACGCCGACCACUUCCACGUCCUCCGCUUCCACCAUCAUGUCCUCGACGUCCAUGUCCAACGUGACCCAGCACAGUGCUCCCAAAAAGCCACCCAAGCCCGUAAAAAAGAACCACGGCUGUGAAAUGUGCGGGAAAGCCUUCCGGGACGUUUACCAUCUGAACCGUCACAAGCUGUCGCACUCGGACGAAAAACCAUUCGAGUGUCCUAUAUGCCAGCAGCGCUUUAAGAGGAAAGAUCGCAUGACGUACCAUGUGCGCUCACACGACGGAGGCGUCCAUAAACCCUACGUCUGUUCUGUGUGCGGAAAGGGCUUCUCAAGGCCUGACCAUCUCAGCUGCCACGUAAAGCAUGUUCAUUCCUCAGAGAGACCUUUCAAAUGCCAAGUAACGGCCUGUACAUCAGCCUUUGCCACCAAAGACAGACUUCGGUCGCAUAUGAUUCGGCACGAGGGUAAAGUCACGUGCAACGUGUGCGGAAAGAUGCUGAGCGCUGCCUACAUCACCAGCCACUUAAAAACACACGGCCAGACCAACUUUAACAAUGCCUGUAACAAAGGAGACUGGCAGUGGAACCACUCAGGGCUCCGAAAAGACAACACUGAAGUCUGCAACUCUGCCUCCUCCACACCGGUCUCGGUCUCGUCCCCCAUCACCACUGCAAUGAACCGUGGCCACACCAGCAACCCCGUUACCAUAGCAGCCCAGAUGAACAUCUCCACCAACACGGUCAAUAUCACAUCUCCCAUCAGCCUGCAGCACCCGGUUACCAUCACCGGCCCUGUGAACAUCGCCUCCGUCAACAUCCCAGCCUCAGCGCCCAUGAACAUCGCCCACCCGGUGGCCAUCACAACACCCAUGUCCAUGAACAUCGGCGGCCCGCUCAACAUCGCCAUGAGAUCAAUGGACAGCAUGUCCUUCCUGUCCCAAGUCCUGCCGUCUUCUCCCUGGUAGAACCGGCCCCUGACCAGCCUUUUUGCCCUGCCCUCUGUGUGACUGACACCUGUGUGGCGUGAACAAACCCAUCCUGUGGCAACUCUGGUGGAAGAGUAGCCCGGGUUGAUCCAACUCUCUCCGGCCUUUGGAUACGUUUGCAUUUUGCGCGCAAGGUGAGCAGCUCGGUAGCGGGGCAUUUCGCAAGCUCCUCUGAGCACUUCAAACCCCGACGGACGUUUUUAAGGACAAAUGCAAUAAUCGAUGUGCAUUUCGAACACUUUUUUUAUAAGCAGAGUGCCGAUGGGUUCUUCAAUGAUGUUGAGGCGUGAUCAGUAUUUAAGAAAAUUCAUUAGAAAGUGACUUUAGCUUCCAUUGGGAGGGAGGAUUUUUAAAAUAUUUUUUGUAUUAUUUUGAGUGCGUAUGUCCGUGUAGCAACUUUGAAGAGGUACAGUUGAAAACAAUUUUUGUUUUCUUUAUUAAUAGUGUUCGGCAGGUCACGGUUUACGACUUUUUAGUUUGUCUGAGGGGAGGGCAGCUUCCUUUUCUUAUUGUUUACGUCGCCAUCGUUAGCUUUUGCAUACAAAAGAAAACGUUUGGAGGAAGGAAAGAGAGUCUUGCACUGAAAGCAUAUCCCUAGUCUAAAGAGGCAGUAUUAUCUAAAUAUAAAUAUCAUGAUAGUAUGGCCCUGUCCAAAAUUGCGCACUUGAUGUGGUUGCUGUGGUUUCCGUGAAGUCCAUGAAGACCGUAGGGUGUCCCCUUUGUCAUUUUAUGGGUGAGAAAGGUGGUCCAGAGC